ACAUUAAUGGCGGACGUCUGUCUUCAAACGACACUUCAUUUGUUGACAUUUUUUGACAUUUUUAGCCAAAAAUAUCCAUUAAAAUGUACGUAGCAGCGUGUAGUCCGACAUCGUCCAUCUUUAGUGAGAUGUUAGAGCUAAACGCGCUCAGAUAUAGCAGUAAAAAAGAAGUGUUUGAGGGUGAAAUGUUUGAUGGAAAAUCGUACGACGCAUCGAAGUGUUCGCCUGUUUUUGUUGGUCGUUAUGGACAUAAACUGGGAGAUGCAGAAGACUUUGAUGAUGUAGGAUCGACUCGAUCGUCGCUUCUUCCCGAUUAUGAUCCCGCUACUACACAUCCUGCUACGUAUGGUUACGUAUUGUUAGAUAAAAAGCCUCCUGUUACGAAAGAAGAGCCAAUCUUACCAAACCCCAAAGAAUGUAAUCCAAGAGAGUACCUUGAAACCUAUAUAUUUCCCAUACUAUUACCAGCCAUGGAAAAAAUGCUGGUGGCGGCAAAGGAGAAUAAAGUAUUUGAGAGAAGAAGAACAAAAUUCAAUGCUUGUGAUUUUCUUACAGAGUAUUUAUACAAGAAUAAUCCUUGUUUUAAAGACAGAGAAAGAUUGUCAUUACUUGACAUUCCAUUCGUAGAGAGAAUCCUUGCCAAAAACCCACGUACUCCCCUUCCCCUAUCUCUUCUUCUGAGCGAUGAAGAAGCUGCCAUCAUAAUCCAGUCUUUCUACAGAGGAUACUGUGUUAGGAAGAGACCUGAUGUACAGGAACUGAGAGAAUACCAGAGAGAGAUGAGAAAUGAAGCAGUAGACAUAUUUCUGAAAGUGGAAGACUUCUGGAAAAAGCAUCCAAUCGAUGAUUCAUUAGAUGAUGAGGUGACCAUAAGAAUGGAGGGCACUGACGCCCUAACUUCACCAACCAGGACGGAAACAGUAUCACCACAAUAACACUCUAUCCAUUCCCUGACUCUCGACCCCUCUUGUUCACUACCUACCCCUCCCCUGUAACCAGAUAAAGAUCUUGCCACUCCUACUCUAGUUGGCGCAUGGCACAUUUUCUCCUGCCAUCUUACUUAGAACACAAGAUAGAUCACGCACCAUCCCCUUUUAAAAAGACAAUCCUCACCCUCUACCAAGUACCUGAAAGUAGUACCUGCCUCACACUGCCAAAUGUCUUCCUCACCCCUCCCCUGGAGGGUCACAUUAUAACAUUCCAAUACCUCAUAUAGAAACAUGCCAAACACCCAACGACAAAGGCAACACAUUUUAGUUGUUCCAAAUUAAAUUGUUAUAUAUCAUGAUAAAGAAAAAAUAAAAUAUUUGAAAAUGUAA